AUGAAACUUUAACAUUUAGAGGUUAGAGGUAUUCUGUUUGAUAUGUUGGCAAUCCUGGAAAUUUGAAUUCGUUUGAGCGUAUAAAAAUGGCCGCCGUGUACGCUUGGACAGUUAUUUUGUCUCGUUAUAGGUAAUGAUUAAUUAGUUUUUUCUUAAUUAUGCAGUGUAUCAUACAGGAUGGAAUUCGAAGAAUACGAUGAUAUGGCUCAUGUUUUAGAAAAUCAUGACUUUACUAUAUUGGACAAUUUGUCAUCAUUUUUUUGUGAAUUUCGAAAAAACGUCGUUUUGAAAAAUGCAAAUGUAACGGCUGAUGAAAAUGAAUAUGCACAAACAAAGAGAUCUAAUGUGGUUAAGAUAUCAGAGUUACAGAAUCAAAUGGAAACAUUAAAAUCAGAAAUGGAUGAUGUGAUGUUAAAGCAGAAGAUAGUAGAUAAAAAGAUUACGAAUAUUAUCAAACAAGAAGAAAUAUCAGAAAAAGAUGUAGCAGAAAUCAAGGCACAUAAAGACGAUUUAUCUCUAGAGUUAGUUGAUUUGAAACAAGAGAUACAGGAAAGAAAAGAGAAAAAAUGCAAUGAGUGGAAUGCCAUUAAAAGAGCUAUAAAUAUUUACAAAUCUAAUUUAAAUUUUGGUAUCGACAUAGAACUCAAGGAAAAUUAUGAUGAAGUGAAGAUAUCAUUUUUUAGAAACCAUGAAUGUGCCAAGGAUAAAUAUUAUGUGAAUUUAAUUAAUGAAGACAAAUUAUGGAAAGUCAAGGAAAUACACCCUACGAUUAAAGAAGAACACUUGAUCGAUCUAAAAGGCACUGUUGACUUUAAUAAAGAAUCAAGGGUAUCAAACAUCACCGCAUUUCUUUGUCUUUUAAGGAUUGUCUUUUUAAAGUAUUAUAUGGACGGAAAUUAGAAUUAUACAUUAUAUACAUUAUAUUGAAUUGAAACAUUAAAUGCAUUUAUUAUAAUACUAUUGCUAUACUAAUAAUAACACCUUCUCACACUUAUUCAAUACUACUAGAGAGGUCGCAUUUUUUCUACCUCUCUGGAGUAAACAGCACACAGUGUUUGUCUUUUGUUUCUCUGGACAGGUCAUCCAUCCAUGUUACUAACCAUGCCCACAUGAGUUGACUUUAAUGAUCGUGCCGGGAACUAGUAAUCCAACGUGGCUAAGCCGUUGACUGGUAUAAUUUCAUGUUAUGGAAGGUAUAUAUAUAUAUAUAUAUAUAUAUAUAAUAAUUAGAAUAGUAAAGUCUUUAUUAAUAAAAAUUAAUUAAUUGAAACACCUAAAAGGAUUUGUUGUAGCACUCCAACCAUACACUUAUUGGUAUGUUCUUAUUAAAAUUUGAAAUUUACCAUUGUUACAGUAGUGUUUCCUUAUUUGUCAAUAUUUAUUAUGUAGUACGAAUAUUGGUUACUCCUAGAUUUUCAUUUACUUAGGUAUAUAUAUUUAUGUUUGAAAUAAGAAACUGUAAAAUCACAGUAAAGAUAAAUUACUUAAAGACUAAGUUAUUAACAGGUAUCUGCUUUGUCUUUUCUAUAUUUAUAUAUGGCACCUACAUUUAAAUCAAGUUUUACAUCCGUUAUUAUGGGUGCUAAAGUUAACUAAUUUUAUUUAUAAAAAUGAACAAACAUUCGUGUGCUAAUGGCUAAUGAAAGAAAACAAUUUAUACUACUAAUAUUCUUUUCGUUGAAAUAAAAUCUACGAUAAACUAAAAUCACCAAUUUUUCCUACAUAUUUAGAUAUUGCGUAGCACCCAUAAAAUUCACUAAUUUAAAAUACUUAACAAUUAAAUUACAUCUUGAUUUUGAGUUCUAGCUAAUGUAGCUAGCAGUCGACGCUAACGGCUGUCUUCUACAUAGAAAAAUAUUUAUAGCUCAAAUUUGUUCUUUUUUUUAAUAAUCUCAUCAAUUUCUGUUCUAAAAAAUAUUUCAGAUAAAAAUAAAUUGGAAUGAAUUUCAAGAUAUAUUGGGAUGCUGGGGAACAAUUAUAUUAAAUGUUUCUUUUAAAUAAUAUGUUCUUAAAUAAUAAUAAAUUGUAGAAUGAUUUUUGUUCAGAUCAACAUUAGAAUUAUUCGUAAGUAUCGAUAAACGUAAAAGAAAAAUCUGUUAACAAUAUAAGAGACCAAGUUACUCGGAAAGGGCCAAUGUAUCAUGUAUGCAUAGAGAGACACGUUUAUAACAAUUCAUCCCUAUUGGCACUAGUUAACGAGAGGGUCAAUUGAUCGCCCACUUCCAAUCAGCCUAUAAUAUCGUGUGCAAAGCUUAAACUAACAGAUUUCAUUUACUCCAUUGACCCAUGGGGCCAAUCGUUAGCUCAGCUAUCGAAGAAAUUAAUUAUGGAUCGAAGUCUGACCGAUGGGAAUCGAUGAUUUGCUAUUACGUAGAAUGACAGCCGUAUUUGCACGGUAUUGACCAUAUGUGAUAAGAUUAAAACCUAGCAGGCGACACGAUUCGAACGAUAAAUAACGACAACUAACAAGAUAUUUCCAUACAGAGAGAGAGAGAGAGAAAUAUUCCAACGAGUAGCAUAAUUAGCAACGUUUCCAAGAGAAUCGUCGUAUUUAAUUCGUUAGAAGAAAUAAUUUUGAAACAACACUCUAGGUCAUCAAAUCGUAUUUACGUGGUACAUUAUUAUUAACACAAUACUAAUUAACGAUUUAAUAACACAUUAGAUUCGAGAAGAAAUUAUCGAUUUAGAUUUUUCCUCGAUAAUCUAUUAUAUCAUCUAAUUAUAUAAUAAUUCGAUCGUUGUUUGCUUAUUACAUAUCUGUUCUGUUCUCUUGAUAAAUUUACUAAAGGAUGAACGACUUAUUAAUAAAUAUAACAAAAUGUAUAUAUUUUUAAUGGCUAGUAUUUGUCCGGUCAGUAUUAAACCGAUUAGUAAAAGAUUUGUUUAUCAUUGUAUUUUAUUGAAAAUAUUAGUAAAUAUUAUUAUUUUGUCAGUAUUUGAAAUAAAUGAUCAGUAUUUUUAUAGACUUAAAUAUAUAUACAUAUCGAUAAUUUAUUUUACAAAAUAUUUAUCAUUAAUUAAGAUAAAUACUGACCGAAUAAAUAGAAGUAAAUUAUAAUAAAUCGUUGAAGCGUCUGUUAAAUCUAUCAAAUUUAGAAUAUACCCGUUAAUAUAUUUUUUAUGUUCGUUAGUAUUCAUCGUUGGUAACACAUAUUUUCUUCAGGUUUAUAGAAUUAACAACGAAACGAUAACGUAAAU